ACGGGAGAGAAUAGUGGCCUUGAAAGUUGGAACUCAUGACAUGCAUUGUCAUACAGAAAUGUGAGAAAAAAAUCUAAUCAAAACAGUUGGGAUCAGAGUACAUAGAGCUAAUCCGGUGUGGAGUACAACUAUAGAAUCAUACUGGGAGUAGUUACAAUUCUACACAUUUUGGAUUUUUGUGAUGCUGCGAGCCUACAUUGCGAGCUACUCAGGAGGCUGAUUCAGGAAGAUUGCAACGUCCAGCCUCAGCAAUUUAAAGCUGUCUCGAAAAAUAAAACUACUGAAAGAUCGGGAUGUAGCUCAGUGGUAGAGCUCUUGGCUGGUGCUGGCGUGUGAGGGCUGGGGUUCGAGUCCCAGCAGGAUAGGGAGGAGAUAGUAAUCCGGAUACAAAAGUACCUUGUUUCCAAGGGGCUGGUCACUCGUGUUCUUAAGUAAUGGGUGGGCGUGAGGUGGGAGGAAAGGAGGCACUGAGAAGGCGGCUUGAGCUGGAUCUUGAAGAUUUAGCGGGGCAUGCUGGGAAGAUAUCUCGGGGGGGGGGAAUGAGUGGUAAGAGGAGCCGAGGAGGAGCACUGGGCAUUAGAGAUCACCGGGGUGAGCCCAGGUUUCAGAGACACAAGCCUAGGGACCUUGAAUGACUGCCGAGGAGCUGGACUUCAUUCAGCAAGGAAGGGGCAGCCACUGAUCUUUGACACCGGGCUGGAUCCAGCUGAUGGUUUUGGUGUGGUGGGGGAGGAGGUGGCAGAGUGAAUAAUUUCAGUACGAAGCUGAGGUAAAGUUAUCCACCGAGGCUUUUGCUAUAGUGCAGGCCGGAGAAGGUAAAGGUCGGAACUUUAGGUGGGGCAGUAGAAAUUAGAAGCAAAGUAGUUGUAUCUAUUGAAGGAUAGAAAAUGGGACAUUAGUACUUUUCUAAAUAAGUGAAAGUGGGCCGGGGAUUUAGCUCAGCGGUUGGCAAGGACCCGAGUUCAGUCCCCAGUACCAAAACAAAGAAAACAAAAAAAACUCUAAAUAAGUGAAAGUAACUUUCACAGAUCAGCAGUGUUGACCAGUUUCCGACAUUGUGUUGUGCCACAGUAUAGAGGAAAGAGUCAGAAGGGGUCCCUGGAUACUUAAAAUAUUAACAAAUGGGCGUUGAAUUACUGCGUCAUAAUGUUAGUCAUAAUCCCUAAGAGAAACUAUGUGUAAAGAAUAUGUUAUGAGUCACUUGUUGGGAAAAACGUACUACAGUAGAGUUUACCAAAAGAACCUAGAUGGAAAUUGUUUGACAGUGUCCAGCCUAACUAACGGAGACAAGGACAAACGUCAGUGUCCAGACCUCAGGCUUCUGCACACUUUAUGUAUCCUCGGAUCACCCCUGUAUUCAUAGGCUGUGAUAAGUUCUUGGGAGAACACAGUACAUCACACUGAUGCUACGUGAAAGCAUUUUUAUAUGAACAAAGGAAGAUGACUUUUAGGAGGGAAAAUAAGCAUUUGUUUUAAAACCCAAGAUUCACCUGUAUUUCCACUGACCAGUUGUUAAAAACUGUCAGAGACAGUCCGUUCAGUGAGACCUAAGGGGGGAGUAUUCUUAGGCUAUUUUAUGCUGCUAAAUCUCUACAGAUUUAGUUUUAUCCAGUCAAAUUAAUGCAAAACCCCAGUGCAAGCAUUUGGGUUUUGAAAACUUUGGAGGAGUGUCACUCUGUAAUAGUAAUUAUUGGUUUUACAUUAUUUUUUCACAGGGGAACUGAUCACAGCCGCACAUGAGCUUGGAGUUGCCCAUCCUCCCGGCUACCCUUUGUUCACGCUGGUGGCUAAGCUGGCAAUGACGCUGUUGCCUUUUGGGACAGUUGCCUACCGGGUCAAUCUCCUCUGUGGCUUAUUUGGAGCGGUGGCCGCAGCAUUACUGUUUUUCACUGUUUUCAGGCUUUCUGGCUCACGUGCCGGAGGAAUCCUUGCUGCGGGGGUGUUUUCAUUUUCUCGUCUAACAUGGCAGUGGUCCAUUGCAGCAGAGGUUUUUAGCUUAAACAAUCUGUUUGUGGGACUGCUUAUGGCUCUUACUGUACAGUUUGAGAAGGCAGAAACUGCAAAGGAGAGAUCAAAGAUAGCUAAAAUUGGUGCUUUCUGCUGUGGCCUUAGUUUAUGUAAUCAGCACACAAUAGUAAUCUAUGUUCUAUGCAUAAUACCUUGGAUUCUCUUUCGACUUUUAAAGGAGAAGGAGCUGUCCCUGGGAUCCAUGUUGAGGCUGAGUAUGGCGUUCUCAGCUGGCUUGCUGCCUUACCUCUACCUCCCUGUGUCAUCCUACCUCAACCAAGCCCGGUGGACGUGGGGAGACCAGACCACGCUGCGAGGGUUUCUGACACACUUGCUCAGGGAAGAAUAUGGAACAUUCAGCCUAGCCAAAUCUGAAAUAGGAUCCAGUAUGUCUAAAAUACUGCUUUCUCAAGUAACGAGUAUGAGGACAGAACUCUCUCUCAACAUUCAAGCCCUUGCAGUUUGGGCAAAUAUAUGUUCAGCAAGAAGGGACGGACAGAAUUCGCCGUUAGUCUGGCUGUUUACCGGAAUGCUUUACAUUUACUCGCUGUUCUUUGCUUGGAGGGCAAACUUAGAUAUUUCAAAACCACUUUUCAUGGGUGUGGUGGAACGGUUCUGGAUGCAGAGUAACGCCGUGGUGGCUGUCCUCGCUGGUCUUGGCUUGGCAACACUUGCAUCACAGAUGAGCCGGGUUCUGAACAGCGGCAGGCUGCAACGUCUGGAAUGGCUCUCAGCAACUCUAUUUGUGGUUUACCAAAUGUAUUCUAAUUACAGCCUCUGUGACCAAAGGACCAACAAUGUGAUCAAUAUGUUUGCAAAGAAUCUCCUAGACUCUAUGCCCCGUGAUGCAAUCAUCUUACUCAGAGGCGAUUUGCCAGGGAAUGGUCUCCGUUACCUGCACUACUGUGAGGGUUUAAGGCCAGAUAUUUCAUUAGUGGAUCAGGAAAUGAUGACUUACGAGUGGUAUUUACCCAAGAUGGCAAAGCAUUUGCCAGGUGUCCGCUUUCCUGGGGACCGGUGGAAUCCUGUGGAAGGGGCAUUGCCUACUGGAAUGGUCACAUUUAAUCUUUAUCGUUUUCUGGAAAUAAAUAAACAGAAGGACACAUUUGUUUGCAUCGGGAUUCAUGAGGGUGACCCGACCUGGAGGAAGAAGUACGCGCUGUGGCCGUGGGGGUCUUGUGACAAGUUAGUCCCUUUGGAGAUUGCGUUCAACCCCGAGGAGUGGGUUAAACGCACAAAAGACAUCUACAACUGGACUGAAGAGUACGGGAGGAUGAAGACACCAUUUUUCAUCUUCAACCUUGCAGAAACCGUGAAUAUGCCUUCAGAUAUGAAAGCUCGACUCUACACUCAUGCGUAUAACCUGUAUAAGGAGAUUGUCUAUUUACGAAAGGAGCACCCAGUGAAUUGGCACAAAAACUACGCCAUCGCCUGUGAGCGGAUGCUGCGCUUUCAGGAGAGAGAAGCAGACGCCGAAGUCCUGUUGUCUGAAACCAUCAGACAUUUUCGACUCUACGCUCAGAAAGCACAGAAUGACCCACAGCUUGCUGAUAUUUUAGCUGCUCUCAAGGACUUGAGAAAAAAACUGCAAAGUCUGAGAAAUACGAAAAAUGUCAGAGGCAGCAAAACGUAAAAAUCCUGCUUUCAUUCAGCUUCCAAAAUCCUGAAGUCCAGAAGUUUUUCCUCCAAGAAAAGAAACUGCAGACUAAGUCAUUGCCCAGCCGUGAGCGUCCUGGUGUCGCAGGGCUGCCUGAUGAAUGUUGGUAUUUAUGCAAAACUCUGUUUACCCCGUGUUACCAUACUAGCAUUUCCGCGAGAGGCUUUAGAGAAGACGUCUUCCCAGAGCCACAGUCCUUCGUCAGAUGACUGCUUGGUCAGACUCUAGAGGAGGAUGGACUGUUUUCAUUUCUUUAGAAUACCGAUCAUGAAUCUUUUAAGGACCAUGGGAUCCGCUUUAUAGAUUAAAUUCUUAAAAUUUUCAUAUCAAAGACAUUUCGUUUCCUGAAAGUAAAAUAGUUAAAAAAAAAAAAAAAAAAAA